AUGAUACAGAAUUGUCCAAUCUGUCUGGAGGAUAUUACAGAUAUACUGGGUAGUUUAAAAGUUUGUCAACAUAAUUUUCAUUUUAACUGCAUUAGACAAUGGCAUUUGACCUCCAAAAGUUUAGAAUGCCCUGUAUGUCGUAGGGUAUCCAAUAUUGUCAUACAAAAAACCCUAUAUAAAGAUCCAAACGGUUUACCACUAGAUGGUGGCCUACGUGAAUCAUCCGAUAUUUUUGAAUUUAAUAUUUCUACUGGGGCGGAAGCCAGUAUUAUUGAAGAAUAUUUGCCACAGUCAAUUUUAUACAAUAGCCUAUCCUCUACAGGCUUCUUUGGUGAAGACAAUCAAGGCUCCUCAUCCAAUUACAAUCAAUCAUCUUACAAUUCACCACAACCAUCAUCUUUACAUCACUUAAUUCAAGAAGAUAUAGAUGAAUUUCACUCUAAUACGGAAGAGGAUGAAUAUUGCGAUUGCGUUUAUUGUACUAUUUGUGGGGUAGAAGGUGAGGCCAAUGAUAUUUUUGAUCAGUGUCCUCAAUGUAAUAGAAGAUAUCAUGAAUCAUGUUUGCAUUCGUUAGCUACAGAAAUUGGAGAUUUAGAAAAUUGGAGAGACUGCUUAAAUUGUCAGACAACUGUGCUUACCAUCACUCAACCAAGAUUUACUAGAACUCUUCUAUCUAAUGAUAUAUAUAUCGAUAACUUUUCCAUUGAAGAAAGCAAUUCUGAUAAUUUUUCUACCCCAGAAAGAAUCAAUUCAUCGUCAACAUCAGUUGACCUUUCAGAAUUAUCUCCUAUACCAAGCAUAACUCAGGCAGUACAAUCUGUCGCUUCAUAUGAUAUUAAUCAUUCAGAAUGCUUAUGUAGCGAGUCUAAGCAGCAAUCAGAACUAAAACAAUUCAAUAAUCAUAAAUCCAAAGAGAAGUUAAAAGCACCUCUAAUUGUAGAAUGUAAUUCUACAAAUAAUAUAGGCAAAAUGUGCUGUCCGAGUAAACUCGUUGGUUCAUCAAAUAAUCAAGAAAUAACAACUGUAACAACCGCAAUGCAAGCCUUGACUAUCACAGAGGAGACUGAAAAUGCAAAUGAUGAUACUAGUUUACAAAAUGACUUUUCAAUAACUAAUAAUUCUUUUGAGCGGAGGAUACAACAUCCAGGGACUCUACGAAGUUAUAUUAUAGAUCAAGACAAGAAUCCAAUGAACAACAGGCCAUUAUCUAAUAAGAAUACUGAAAAGAAAAUAAUCAAAAAUCCCUGUACUUUUGACCAUAGCCAUGGGAAAUAUGAAGCUAACCUGCAUUUAUCAAAUAAUACAAUCAAUAGUGAAACCUCCUCACACGUACACACGGACAAAAAGACUAAGAACAACGCAUCACCACUCCAAAGCUCAUCUCAAUCUCAAACUUUAACUGAUAGAAUAAAAAUAGAAGCCGUUGAAAGAGAUACUAAGUUUAAAAUUCAAAGCCAUGUAAGAAAAGUUUUGGAUCCUUACUAUAAAAAUGGAGUUCAGGGGAAAAAAUUAAGUAAAGAAAUCUAUACAAUGAUUAACAGGAGUGUAUCAAGGAAAUUAUAUGUAAUUUCUGACUUGAAUUAUGAUAACAAACUCCAUAACUUUGAUUAUCUUGCUAAGGUUGAAAUAUUAAAAGAAUUUGAAGCUAUACCAGAGUUCAUCAACUAA